AUGUCAAGACAGAUGGCCAACGAAAUCAAGCUCCUCAGUGGUAGCAGCCACCCCGACCUGAGCGCUCAUGUCGCAAGCCGACUCGGCAUCGAAAUUGCACGUACCGUUUCCCAGAACUUUUCCAACCAGGAAACCUCGGUGACGAUUGGCGAGUCGAUCCGCGAUGAGGACGUCUACAUCCUCCAGUCGACCGCCACGGGCGACGUCAACGAAGGCCUCAUGGAAAUGCUCAUCAUGAUCCACGCCUGCAGGACAGCCAGCGCCCGCCGCAUCACCGCCGUCAUUCCCUGCUACCCGUACGCCAGGCAGGACAAGAAGGACCGCUCACGAGCCCCCAUCUCGGCCCGCCUCAUUGCCAACAUGCUGCAGACGGCCGGCGCCAACCACAUCAUCACCAUGGACCUGCACGCCUCCCAGAUCCAGGGCUUCUUUUCGGUGCCGUGCGACAAUCUCUACGCCGAGCCGUCAGUGCUGCGAUGGAUCCGUGAAAACCGCAACCUCGACGACGUGGUCAUUGUGUCACCAGACGCUGGAGGCGCCAAACGUGCCACGUCCAUCGCCGACAGGCUCAAGGUCAGCUUCGCACUCAUCCACAAGGAGCGCCCACGCCCCAACGUCGUCGGCAGAAUGGUCCUCAUCGGCGAGGUCGCUGACAAGGUUGCCAUUCUCGUCGAUGACAUGGCCGACACGUGUGGCACCCUCGACAAGGCCGCGAGUAUCAUUCGGGAGCACAAGGCCAAGGAGGUCCUCGCCAUUGCUACACAUGGUAUCCUCUCUGGCAGGGCCAUCGACACCAUCAACAACAGCUGCCUCUCACGCCUCGUCGUCACCAACACGGUGCCCCUAGGUGACAAGGUCGAGCGCUGCCCCAAGCUGCAGGUCAUUGAUAUCAGCGGCACCCUCGCUGAGGCCAUCAGACGUACACACAACGGCGAGUCUGUCUCGUACCUCUUCACGCAUGUCCCCGUGUAA